AAACGUUUGUGGUUAAUAGACGACACUCGAUUUGAGUCACUCAACUUAGUCGAAGCCGAGCAAAGAAAUGGCGGCGACGAGAGUCAUGGCAUCGGCGGGCAACGCCGUCUCCACGCCUCAAAGCCUCAAUCUAUGCUUUAAAAACGGCAGAUUGCUCACGCAGAAAAAGCGCCUCUUCUUCGUCAACAACAAUUCUAGCAAAAAGCUGAUGCUAAGCGUUGUCCAUUCCUUUCCUUGUGCACACCGUAGCUGCCGCUUCACCACCACGGUCCGGGCAGAGUCCACCAAUGGCUCUGAGCCAUCUGCAAACUACGACUUCGACCUCUUCACUAUCGGCGCCGGCAGCGGAGGUGUUAGAGCCUCUCGCUUCGCAGCCAAUUUUGGAGCUAAAGUUGCGGUUUGCGAGCUGCCGUUUGCUACCGUAUCAUCCGACUCUGCUGGAGGCGUUGGUGGCACGUGCGUGCUCCGUGGAUGUGUUCCUAAGAAGCUCCUUGUGUAUGCAUCCAAAUUUUCUCAUGAAUUUGAAGAGAGUGGUGGAUUUGGUUGGAGUUAUGACGCAGAACCUAAACAUGAUUGGAGCACCUUGAUUGCAAAUAAGAAUGCUGAACUGCAGCGCCUUGUCGGGAUUUACAAAAACAUAUUGAAAAAUUCUGGAGCCAUGCUACUCGAAGGACGUGGCAAGAUUGUGGAUCCACAUACAGUGGACAUAAAUGGAAAACUAUAUUCAGCAAAGAACAUUCUUAUUGCAGUUGGAGGGCGUCCAUUCAUUCCUGAUAUUCCUGGAAGUGAAUAUGCAAUAGAUUCUGAUGCUGCCCUUGAUUUACCUUCAAAGCCUAAGAAAAUUGCUAUAGUUGGGGGUGGUUAUAUCGCAGUUGAGUUUGCUGGCAUCUUCAAUGGAUUGAAGAGUGGUGUCCAUGUAUUCAUAAGACAGAAAAAGUUGUUGAGAGGAUUUGAUGAAGAGGUCAGAGACUUUCUUGGUGAACAAAUGUCAUUAAGGGGUAUUAAUAUCCACUCUGAGGAGACACCUCAAGCUAUAGUUAAGUCAUCAGAUGGGUUACUGUCUCUGAAAACGAACAAAGGAACAGUUGAUGGGUUUACUCAUGUCAUGUUUGCAACAGGACGAAAACCAAAUACAAAGAAUUUAGGUUUAGAAGCUGUCGGAGUGAAUUUGUCAAUAAAUGGAGCUAUAGAGGUUGAUGAAUUCUCUCGCACUUCUGUUCCAUCAAUUUGGGCUGUAGGAGAUGUUACUGACAGAAUAAAUUUGACCCCAGUUGCCUUAAUGGAAGGAGGAGCACUAGCAAAAACUCUUUUUGCCAAUGAACCCACAAAACCUGAUCACAGUGCUGUGCCAUGUGCAGUCUUUUCUCAGCCUCCUAUCGGGCAAGUUGGUCUUACUGAAGAUCAGGCAGUGAAGGAAUAUGGUGAUAUUGAUGUUUAUACAUCAAAUUUCAGGCCUCUAAAGGCCACCCUUUCUGGCCUGCCUGAUCGGGUCUUCAUGAAACUUAUUGUAUGUGCGAAGACUAACAAAGUCAUUGGUCUGCAUAUGUGUGGUGAAGAAUCAGCAGAAAUCGUCCAGGGAUUUGCUAUUGCUGUGAAAGCUGGGUUGACUAAGGCUGAUUUUGAUGCAACAAUAGGUAUCCACCCAACUGCAGCAGAGGAAUUUGUCACCAUGAGAACACCUACGCGGAAGAUCAGAAGCGCUCCAUCUGAGGGAAAAUCAGAUUCUGAUGCCAAAGCUGCUGCUGGUGUUUGAUUCGAGUUUAUGCGAUGAAAAACUGCUGCAUCGAAGGAUAUACAUAUGAGUAAUCCAUGCCGGGCCAGUCGAGUGACCUCAGUCGUUGCCCUUCUCCGGACAGCUGUGUGAGCUAGAAUGAGUAUAUGCAUAUGCAGUUGAUGAAAGAGACGAAGCAAAAGCGGCUGUAAAAAAUGUGUUUCUUCUGUUCACCUUCUUGCAUAGAUGCGAUUUCUCACUGGUUUUGUUUAGCAAGUUUAUUUAAUAUUAAUGGGUAUUGUUUCAUAAAAUGUUAUUAUAAAAGUUUGAGACUUUUCGAUGCCAAAAAAUCAACUUUGCUUCCAUAAUCCAUUUAUAUUAA